ACUCCUUAACUCUGUUUCUCUAUGAUUCUCAUCUCUCUCUCUCUCUCUUGUUUAUCACUCAUCACCUGCUCGCCUUUCUCUCUCUGUGUUCUCUUUUUCUGUCUCUAUCCUUGUUUCACGGUCAAUGGUUCUCUCUGUCUCUGUCUCUAUUUCUGUCUCUCCAUCUCUGUCUCUUGCUUCCUUCCCACGCAGGGUCCCAGCCCCUGGGUCAUGGCAAAUCUGAGCCACCCCUCCGAGUUUGUCCUCUUGGGCUUCUCCUCCUUCGGGGAGCUGCAGGUUCUGCUCUACGGGCCCUUCCUGGUGCUCUAUCUUCUCGCCUUCAUGGGAAACACUGUCAUCAUAGUCAUGGUCAUUGCUGACAGCCACCUCCACACUCCCAUGUACUUCUUCCUGGGCAAUUUUUCCCUGCUGGAGAUCUUGGUGACCAUGACUGCCGUACCCAGGAUGCUGUCCGACCUGCUGGCUCCCCACAAGGUCAUCUCCUUCACCGGCUGCAUGGUCCAGUUCUACUUCUACUUCUCCCUGGGCUCCACCUCCUUCCUCGUCCUGUCCGACAUGGCCCUUGACCGCUUUGUGGCUAUCUGCCACCCACUGCGCUACGGCACUUUGAUGAGCAGGGCUGUGUGUGCCCGGCUGGCGGGGGCUGCCUGGGCAGCUCCUUUCCUGGCCAUGGUACCCACUGUCCUCUCCAGAGCUCAUCUCAAUUACUGCCAUGGCAACAUCAUUGACCACUUCUUCUGUGACAACGCCCCUCUGCUGCAGCUGUCCUGCUCCGACACCAGCCUGCUGGAAUUCUGGGACUUUGUGAUGGCCUUGGCCUUUGUCCUCAGCUCCUUCCUGGUGACCCUGGUCUCCUAUGGCUACAUCGCGAGCACCGUGCUGCAGAUUCCCUCUGCCAGCGGACGCCAGAAGGCUUUCUCCACGUGUGGGUCUCACCUCGCCCUGGUCUUCAUCGGCUACAGUAGCACCAUCUUCCUGUGUGUCAGGCCUGGCAAAGCACACUCUGUGGAAGUCAACAAGACGGUUGCCUUGGUAACAUCCAUCCUCACCCCCUUCCUCAAUCCCUUUAUCCUCACCCUCCGCAACGAGACCGUCAAGGCAGUGUUACGAGAACAGAUGCAGAAGCUGAAACGUCCCCACAGGGCACUGUGACGAGCCUGAGGGACCUGCCAGGCUCAGCCAAGUAGUUCUGUGAGGAAGCGGGGUACCGGGCUGGGUGGGACAGCCACUGUCGAGUUUCUUUCAGUUUUUCCUUCUGUGCCUACGAGUGGUAACCACAGUGAGUCCUCGGUGGCCCCCUGUCUCCCUCAACGCUCUCACAGGCCAUGUGGAACUGCUCCCCUCACCCACUGGCAGCGACAAGAACUCAGAAAGUAGCCCAGAGCCUGGGAGCCAGGGGUGUGGCUUUUCAUAAAGGGAAGUGCAUGGGCUUCCCCUUCAAGAAGAGCAGCCUGGAUGUUUUCUCUGAUAAAGAGUUGUUAUCUAGCGC